AUGCCGCGCCCACAAUACACCACAUUCGAAGCCUCCGACGGCGCCCUCAUCACCCUCAAAUCUUCUCUCCCCAUCACCAACCCCGACCCAUCCUUCAUCCCGGACGCACCGGAAGGACCCAACUAUUCCCGCUUGCUCUUACUUUUGCACGGCUUUUCAGGAUCCAGCGACUACUUUGAUCGCAACUUUGACGAGUUGGCCAAGAACCAUUGGGUGGUUGCGUGGGAUAUGCGGGGGCACGGGAGGAGCGGUCUUACUUACGAAGGAGGAUACCACGUCGCCCGCCUCGCCACGGACUUACACAACCUCCUCACAUUCCUCAAGACUUCCCGGCUUGGUCCUGGCGGUCCCUCCCCUCAGUCCCAAUCCCUGCCGCAGUCCCUACCGCAGCCUCCCUUGGAAGUAAUUGGCAUCGGGUGUUCCAUCGGCGCCGCCAUUCUCUGGACAUACAUCGAGUUAUUCACCGACUCUGAUUUCAGCGGAUUCAUUUUCGUCGACCAAGCCCCUCUUCAAGAUCGCUCCCUUUUCGAUUCCUGGGACUCCACCAAAGCUCAUAAAGGAUGCUACGACGAAGCGACGAUGCUUGGUGCGCAGGCAGCUUGGAACAAACCUGCUAACGAGAGGCAUGCUACGCACCUGGGACUGGUAGAUGAGUGUUUAGGAUACAGACAUAAACCGCUCCCUACUGACAAAAUCUCGGAGGAGGAGAAGAAAAAAGAUAAAGAGUUCUUUACGGGGAUAAGUGCACUUUGUCCGUCGGGCGAGUGGUUGGCGAAGCUGAUUGCUGAUCAUACGAGGUAUGAUCACCGGGACGCGUGCGAGGGGAUUAGUAAGCCGGUGAUGGUCAUGGGCGGAACAAGGAGCGGGUGUUUUAGUUUGGAGGGGAUGGAGGAGGUGGUGAAGCGGGCGAAAAAGGGGGGGAAUGAGAGGGCGGAGACGAGUUGGUAUGAGAGUGGACAUUGGUUGUUUUGGGAGGAGGCGGAGAGGUUCAAUGGGGAGGUGUUGGAGUUUGCAAAGAGGUGUUGGAGUGAGUGAGUUGUGGUUGAUCGGGGAGUCAGGAUGGAGAAAAUGGAUGGUGAUUAAUGGGGAUGGAGCUGAACGAGAGGUGGUUAGGGGCGAGUUGGACAUGAAAGGCGAUGAGUUGAGGUGACUGGUCCGGUCCUAUAUACAUACAAUCGAGAAGAGAUUCGUUCCGCUAAAUAUUACAAAGACCUCCAUCAUCAACCGUCAAUAACACUCCUCGCCCAAAUUUUGCGAGCAGCAGCCCUCCAGCGCAAGCCUCCGUACCUCCCCUAUUGCCUUCCUCACCCCACCACCACCACCCGACUCCAACUCCAAAACUGCCUGUCUCGUAUCCUCCAUUCCAAGGCCCGAAAAAGACACAAUGAUUUGCCUUAUGGUCACAAUCUCCAUGGCCACAUCCCUCGCUUUCUUCCCCAUCUUCUCCUUCGCCUCCCUCCCAAAGUCCGGAUACUGCAGGUCCACCUGCACCUCAAGCUCAGAAUGUUGCUCAUGUCCACUACUAUGCCUCCACAAC